AUGUUGAGCUCAUCGGCUUUCAGAGGUAAACCUAACGAAGAUCCGAUCCCUCACUUGACUCGAUUCAAGCUACUAUGCCAGUCAGUGAGGAUAGUCCGCGGAGUUACCGAUGAGUCUCUCAUGCUCAUAGCCUUUCCAUUCUCCUUAAUGGAUACUGCUCUGGAAUGGCUCUACACACUACCUCCAGAUUCCAUAUGCUCAUGGGAACAGAUGCAAGAAAAGUUCAUGCAGCGGUUCUUCCCCGCUAGCAAGACCCAGCUCGCGAAACAACAAAUUAACUCAUUUUUGCAGGAACCUGAUAAAUCCUUACGUGAAGCUUGGGAUCGCUUACAAGGAUACCAAAGAACAUGUCCUCACCAUGGAUGGGAUAAAAGGUACAUUAUUUCCACUUUCUUGCAGGGAUUAAAGGAGGACACUCGGGUUCUUAUUCGAGUAGCAUGUGGAGGAAGUCUCAACGAAAAGUCAUUCGACUUCAUAGAGCAACAGAUCAACAAGAUGGCCAACGAGUGUGCUCCCUCUCACGAGUUUAUCAGAAACGUUAGCCUCAAAGAAAGUCGUGCAGGUAAGGAAAGUCUAUCUGAAAUUCAGGCAUUACGUGCAGAAUUGGCAAAACUUAAAAUGCAGGUUGAGAAUGCCCAUCAGAUCUCAGACUUAGACACAUCAGCCAACAGGUAUAAGAUCGAAGACGUCUACUAUGUAGAUAACAACCUGUACUCGAACGUGUCCAAUUCGGGGUGGAAGAAUCAUCCAAACUUCUCGUACACGAAUUCUUCCAACGUCUUGAAUACUCCCCAAGGAAAUUUCGGUGGUCCGUCUAAUCAGGGUCAUUCUCAAGGACAUCAACCUCGACCCCGAUCUCUCCAACAACAUCAGAAUCAGGCCGUUCAACACUACCUAGCGCCUUUUCAAUCUCAGCAGAAUUACGCUCCGUCUCCGCCUCCACCACAGGUAGAUUUUGACCUCGAUCUUAAGUCUAUGUUCGCACAGCUUAUGCAGGGUCAAGAAAUCAUUCGCACCGAGAUGCGUGAACAUCAACAGAAGACCGACGCCCAUUUCAAGCUUAUCGAUAAUCAAAUAGCUCAACUUGCUGCCUCUAUACCUUCGCGACCUCAAGGAUCACUUCCAGGUAAACCCGAGAUAAAUCCUAGAGAGCACUGCAAUGCAGUGUUCUUAAGAAGCGGGAAGCAACUUGAGGAUGUCGUCCCCCCUACUCUUGAAAAAGGUGAGUCUUUUUACUCUAGAUCUGCGAUCACCUCUAACAUUCAGUCUGCAGAUACUCCAGUUAAGAUGACAUGUGAGGAAGAACCAAAGUAUGUACCUCCACCUCCCAGACCUCCUCCAGUUCCAUUCCCUUCACGACUUGUGCAACAAAAAGAGGCCAACCAGUUUAAGCGCUUCACGGACAUGAUAAAGAAAUUGGAGAUCACAAUACCUUUUCAUGAGGUAAUCACUCAAAUGCCCUCUUAUGCCAAAUUUCUCAAGGAUAUUCUGGCUAGGAAGAAGAUAAUGGAGAAGCAGACAGUAGCAUUAACCAAAGAGUGCAGUGCCGUUUUUCAACAUGAUCUGCCCCGUAAGAUGGCAGACCCAGGUAGUUUCUCCAUUCCUUGCAAACUGGGCAAUCUCUUUAUUGAGCAGGCGUUAUGUGAUCUAGGAGCAAGCGUAAGCCUAAUGCCAUUGUCGAUCUUCAAGAGACUAGGUGUGGGUGAACUCAAACCCACACAAAUGAUAUUACAAUUGGCAGAUAGGUCGACCAAACAGCCUGCAGGUAUACUAGAGGAUAUGCCACUUAAGGUGGGUGAUUAUUACAUACCUGUCGAUUUUGUGGUUCUUGACAUGGAUGCAGAUUCAAGCAUGCCUAUCAUUCUAGGGCGUCCCUUUCUCAACACAGCAGAUGUCGUCAUCCACGUCAGAGCGGGUCGUCUUACUAUGUCCAUUGGAGACGAGACAAUAGAAUUCAUGCUCAAUCAAAAUGACAAUCCAGACGAAAGUGUGAAAUCUAUUUGUUCAGUUUACAAGCUCAAAACGCCUAAGAACCAGGACCACAGACACAAGGUUAGGAGAGGACCGGAUCCAGAUAGGACAAAAGGUAAGAAAGAAGCUAACAUGGUUGGGCAGUUGAGAGAGUUUGGUCAAGCUAAGGACCCUAAACAAGCGCUCCCGGGAGGCAACCCGAGUCCUUAG